GACACCCCCCGCCAGGGCUCCACCGCGCCCCCUACUAGCUCUGGGCGUCAUGACCACACCGGUCGGACUCUCUACCGUCUUCGUCUCGAGAAGUUCAUUCAUUUUCCCCUCGCUCAUCCUUGACCAAAUGGCCAAGUUAAAUGUACUCUGGAGAAGCUGAAUUUGGAUCAAGCGAAAGCCAGUCUCGCUCGCAUCCUUUUAGAAAGGCGAUCGAUCGGUCUCUCUCUCUCUGCCUUCAUCUGUCUUUCUGACUCGGCUCUUGAGCCUUCUCCGGCUCUCCUCUGAGUGUGCUGAGAUGUGUCCAUCCCUCUCAUCAAACACACACACACACACACACUCUCAAAUCCAAGGCCUCUGUAGAUUGUGAUGAUGCUCAUCGGGCUUGGUGUGCCACGGAUCAUAGGAGCAUCCGAUUUCUGGGCUCCGCCGUGUGGGGAAACUCAAAGUCACAUUAUGGGAGCUGUGGUGAUUGAUGAUGGUCCAGCUGGAGUUAAAGCCCCAGAUGGUGGCUGGGGCUGGGCUAUUCUCUUUGGGUGCUUUGUCAUCACUGGAUUCUCUUAUGCCUUCCCAAAGGCCAUGAGUGUUUUCUUUAAGGAGCUUAUCCGGGAGUUUGGUGUUGGAUAUAGUGACACUGCAUGGAUCUCCUCCAUUCUGUUGGCAAUGCUUUAUGGAACAGGCCCUCUGUGCAGCAUGUGUGUCAAUCGGUUUGGUUGCCGUCCUGUUAUGCUGAUUGGAGGCCUCUUUGCUUCGGCAGGGAUGACCAUUGCUUCCUUCUCCACUAAUAUAAUUCAGAUCUACCUUGCUGCGGGUGUCAUUACUGGAUUGGGUCUGGCGCUCAACUUCCAGCCAUCACUCAUCAUGCUGAAUCGUUACUUUAACAAACGGCGACCUUUGGCCAAUGGGUUGGCUGCAGCUGGAAGCCCCGUGUUUCUUUGUGCUCUUUCACCCUUGGGGCAGGUACUACAACAUGAAUAUGGAUGGCGAGGAGGAUUUCUCAUCUUGGGGGGAUUGCUUUUGAACUGCUGUGUUUGUGGAGCUUUGAUGAGACCUUUGGAUGCUCCUAAAAAACCUGAAGCUUCCAAAGAGGCCUCUGAGAAACAAAUCAAGAAGAAGCUUCUGGAUUUCAGUGUCUUCAAAGAUCGCGGUUUUUUAAUCUAUACAGUUGCUGCAUCCAUCAUGGUGCUGGGCUUAUUUGUGCCCCCAGUCUUUGUAGUGAGCUAUGCUAAGGAUCUGAAGUAUGAGGACACCAAAUCGGCUUUUCUUCUGACCAUUCUUGGAUUCGUUGAUAUAUUUGCUCGGCCUCUUUGUGGAAUAGUAGCUGGUUUGAAGUGGGUUAGGCCCCGUUGUGUUUACCUCUUUAGCUUUUCUAUGUUCUUUAAUGGUUUUACUGAUCUCAUGGGCUCCAUGUCCUACAAUUAUAGUGGACUGGUGGUCUUCUGUAUUUUCUUUGGCAUUUCCUACGGAAUGGUUGGUGCUCUUCAGUUUGAAGUUCUCAUGGCUAUCGUUGGUACACAGAAGUUUUCCAGUGCCAUUGGCUUAGUUCUCCUGGCUGAGGCAAUGGCUGUUCUAGUUGGACCACCUUCAGCAGGCAAACUCUUGGAUGCAACACACAGAUAUAUGUUUGUUUUUAUUAUGGCUGGUGUGGAAGUCGUUACUUCAGCUGUGGUGCUGGCUGUCGGAAAUGCCUGCUGUAUUAAAAGACCAGUGGAAGCGCACACCAAAGAAGAUGCAGCUGAAAGAGAGGAAUUAAACAAACCCGAGGCCAAAACACCUGGAGAUGCUAAGGUGGACUCUAUUGAAGUGGAACACUUUCUGAAAGAUGAAAAAAAUGGAGAAGUUGUAACUAACCCAGAAACCUGUGUGUGAAUGCGACCAGGACAAAUGCCAAAUUUCUAGGGAGAGAGUCAGAUAAUUUCAACACUCUUAUUUAUUUUACAAACAAGACUAGCUUAGGGCUGGGCCAUCUUGUUUGGAAACUGGAGGCCAACCAGCUCGUGAAAUCACUCUUUGGAAGCUGGCUUGUUUUAAAAUCUUUCUCCCUGCUUAAAACAGGAUUGAUCUUCAAGUUAAGCUGCUUGGGCGUAGCUACUGCUGUAAGCUAAAACAAAUGGCCCUCUAAACACAUGUAGAGGCCCUGCUAUGCGUCAUCAGAAAAUGCACACUUGGAUGGCAAUGUAUUUUAACUAGAGAGGACUUAAAUAUAAAUGUUUCUAUAAUACAGAGGAAAUAUCCAUCUGUUUUUGUGUGUGUGAUGCACCUCAAUAUAUCUUCCAUGUCUUUGUCUGCUUUAGGAGGAAUGGCUUAGCAAGGAGAAAUCUCAGGGACUUGGUAGUCUCCAGUAGGUUUUCCAGCCUAUUUCCAAAUAUGUUUAGAUCAUUUGGCUCAGCCCUAAUCUAAUUUUGAUAACUUGUAAAAUUUUCAGUGACUUUUGUUUUGUUAAAUGUAUUUUUAUGAGUUUUUUGCUUUUGUUUUAAUUGUUCUUUUUAUUGGAAAUGUUAUACAUGUACCAAAAAAGGCACUGCGAUCCUUCCUGGGAAACUUCAGAAUGGCUAUUCCCAAGUGAUGUGCAAACAAAAGGAAAGUCAUGGUUAGUUUUAACAGGCCAAUAGAGGAAUCCCUGUGUGCUGCCUACUGAACUCCGCUUUAAAUCCAGCCCAUUCAGAACAUGUCUUGCAUUAAUUACUGCCUAGAUGUCAUUCAUAUAGGAAGCCCUUCCAAAAAUAGCUGAUGGGCAUUCCUUUCUAGAAGAGGGCCUCCAACAGGCUUCCAGAUUAAACUGGAGGAGGGGGAACAUACAGGUGUCACAGACCGCCUGUGAGGGCAGGAGCAAAAAUAUAAUAUAAAAAGGUGCUAUCCUAAUACAUUUUUAUAAAUAGUGUACCACUUCCAUUGUGAGGCAUUUAAUGGGAUUGUCAGCUGUUACAAAAUGGAAUAGAUUAAAGGAGAAUGCAUUGGGGCAAAUAAGGUAGGCUUGUAUUCUCCCACUCAUAUUCUUCUGAAUGAAAACUCUGUUGGUGCAACUAUUCCCUCUCUGUGACUUGCAGCAGCCAGUGAAGUGACAUUUGAGCAUUCAGAUGGCAAAAUACGUCAUUUGGAACAGAAGUGGGGUUGACUCUGCAGGGGUGACAAGAAUUUAGUUGGAAACACAAUGCUGGGGAAAGUUUUAACUCCCAGCUUCUCCCUGUUUAAAAGAGCCGCUAGACUGGUCAACAAGUGGAAGCAAUCCUGCCAUGCAAACUGCCACUUCAUGCAUUUUUAUCACAUUUCUCUCACAGAACGGUAAGACUUUAUCUGCUCCUUCAGAAAGCAUUUUAAAGGUGGGUUGCUGAUUCUAAAGGCUUGUAUACACAAUUAGAGGUAUCGGGGGUUCUUUCAAAGGUGAGUGUUUCAGGGUUACUUGUCUUGCAUGACAACCCCUGUCUAUAUAAAGAAGUUGAUAUAUGAUACAUGAAACUUUGGUGCACCAAACCUCAUUUGUUUUCAAAGGGUAUAAAUUUCCUUCUAUGGUCUGGUAAGGGGUGACGAAAUGGCACCUGGCCUGGCACAUGAGGUGUCUAGCCAGCUGGUUACUAUAUGAUACUCAUGCUCCACAAGCUCACUAUACAGGUACGAUGACCUGAUAGCAGAAGCACCUUGACUUCCUCUUCUGCCAUUCCUUACACCAUGCAUAUGUAAAAAAUGCCAGGCUCUGGGUGGAGGGGAGAAUGAUAAGGAUGCAUGUCAAUCCUUGUUGAAGCUGGCCGGAAGAGCAAGGCAAGACACUUCUGCCAUGCACUCUGACCCCAGCAACCACGUCAGAUUCAUGUACGGUCUCAGCUUGGCUGGUGUGUGCGCAUGCAUGUAUGUCCAACCCCACUGAGCUAGGAAAUUGUCACUUGUUUACAGAACCACUUACAUAAGGACAAAAGUGUGUUACUAGUUUCCGAGUUAUAAUUACUGGCCACGUUCUGUCAGGUGUUAAAUAAUACCUCUUUCCCUAAAAAUGCAGUUAGAUAUUAGCCCUGUUCAGCCAUCCCUUCUUAUGUGAUUCAAAGGGUGGGGCACACUUGCUUACCCCUGUCCUUCCACCAUGAUCCCAACAGCCUGUACCUGCAGCCCUCCACACAUUCAAACUAAACUUCUGCAGCGAGGAAAGUAGGCUCCUUACUGGGGAAGUUCAGUUCAAACAUGUAGAGGGCUGCAGGGAGGAGCUGAUGGGAACAUGAUGGACAGGGCAAGGCCAUCAAGUGCAUUUGCUCCUCACACAAUUGGAAUUGCAGGAGGAGGAAUGAAUGAAUAGGGGUAUUGUUAAAACACAAAGUAGAAAAUAAAUAAAACAGUUCCAAUCUUUAUCAUAAUUUUGACCAAAGAGGGACUGUGCUGAUUAUUUCUUUUGAUAACAUUACAUUUAGCAGAAACUUUUAUUCUUCUGUAUUUAGUUGGUCAAACCCAGGCAAAAACUACUUCACAGAAGUUAGGUCAACCUCAGCUUGGAGUACAUAGCUUCUUGGGUGCAGAUACCAAGAUACAGAGCUAAGCUAAGUUAACUAAGGUAACUUACAUUAUGAGAUGGUACUGAAUGCUUGGAGUACCAAAAUAAGAUGUCAGUUUGAUGAAAUGACGUAGUGAUUCAAAAUGGUAGACUAAGACAGAGCUGUACCACCUAAAAGGUUUGCAAGGGAGGGUGUGCCAGUGUCUUUUGAAAAACAAUCAGCUAUGGAUUCCAGAAAAGGGGUCAAACUAAAGAACCAUUAGCUGGCUCUUCAACAAAGCUAAAAUUUCAUUCAUACGGUCCUUAAUCAAGUGUUUGAUAACCACUGAUAUAGUGAGAACUUAAUGCUGGAUAUUGAAUUAAAGUGUAUUUACAGGCAAGGUAAAUAUUUUACUAUAUUCACUAAUAUAUUUGUAACAGUAUUUUCCUAGAAAUGCGUUCACCAAGUAUUUAUUUGAGAACCCAAUGCAUUGGUAAUAUACAACCCCUCCUUGUCCUCUUCUAGCUGCAGAUCAUGCAGAAUUCUGCCUAUGCCUGUUUGUUUGGUUUCAAGACUUUUAGGAAAUAUGUGCUCCAUUACACUGACUCCUGUGGGUAACCAUAGAACUCUUUCAAUACCAUACAUCUCCUGGAUUGUGCUGAGGGGAAACAACAAUCACGUUAUCAAAUAUUAUACUCUGUAUUAUUAAACCUCAGUGUGAAAUUCACUUCCAGUCCUGGAGAACAAUAUACUGAUUUUACUAAUGUGGUAUAUAUUAAUUACUCCCCCUCCCCAAUGAUUCAAAAGCUAUUUGUCAAGGAGUGAGUAGGGUUGCUGUUUUGAUAAAAAAAUAAUAAUAGUAAUAAUAAAAGACUCUGAAAUGGAGCUCAGUAGCCCUCUGGAUCACAGCCUACAGACAAAAGGAGAGAAAAGAGAUGGGAAAUGGGAAGUGUGAUCAAUGGGGAAGUGUUGUUUACACCUUACAAGACUUUGCCAAACUAUUGUUUUGAACAGUCACAAAUGUUAAGAGAAAUAAUGCACCCUUGAUCUCCUUCAGUCCAAAGAUCCUGCUAGCUGUAAUUUUUUUAGGGGCACAAAUUUAGCUAGUGUGUAGAGAGCACAGUAUUACAGAAAUCAGAAACACAAAGGAAGGUAAUACCUUUUAUUGAGACAAUUUCUUUGAGUGAGACAGAACAUACAUUUGAGCUUCAUAAAUUUCUUCUCAAGGCAGAAAACGGCUUACAUGUUUUUGUCUACACACAAAAGAAACGAAGAAAAGGUGGGGGGGAGGAACUUAACCUUUUCAUUGACUAGAUCUUAUCAACUCCGUAUCCCUUUUUUAGAGGCCAAAAUCUCUAUAGAAAUUGUCCAUGUACAAUUAAGAACAUCUUCACAAUUUGCUUUGACAACGGCAAGGAAUAAAAGAACUCCUACCUCUUGGUGCAGAUAUGUACAGUGAAGUUUGAACACUGGCUUUUAUUAGGUACAUACUAUAACUUGCACAGUUUUUUUCUCUUAUUCCAUUCAGCUGUUUUUUACAAGGGAUACAUGGAAACAUGUAUGUGUGCAUACAGAUGUGCAUACAAGGUGUUAAUGCAGGAUAAUGCAUUCACAAAUGAAAACGAGCUACAGCAGCUUACACACAUACCCUUUGAUCCAAAGACUUGUGCGUGCUCAAGUAUACACAUACAUCUCUUGCACAGACCAAGGUUCUCAUUCUUUCAAAGGCUGCAGCACACACAAAGAUAUGCAGCAUAGAUCAACAGCAUGCCCCUCUGAAAUGAAUGGGGAAGAUGAUCUGUGCAGGGGAAACACUGUGUCCGUUGAUAUUCCUAUGCACAGAUUGCUGGAUUCAGAUACCCUAACAGACAAAGUGUUAAUGGAGGUUCUUGACUACAAAAAGCAAAAUUACAAAAUUAUUUUUAUUCUCUUUUAAAAUACACAAUAUAUAAAUACAUAUGUUUUUAUCCAUUUGGAGCAGGAAAGAAAGCAAUUGAACCAAAUAUAUUGAAAUGAUGCAACAGACCUUUAAAUUGUGACCAAGAGCCUUGUUUCCUUCCCUUCAACACACAAUUGCUGCUAGCAGCUUAACGCACCUCCGUGGGACGUGAUGAGGGUGGACAAGUGCAACACGUUUAGGACCGAUACAUUCUGGUGGGUCCCAUUAACACAUCACAUCAACUCCCCUCUACACUAUUUUAUCCAGAGUCUAUGCAAUUCUUUUCAUGGUUUAAUAAAAAUAGCCCCCUUCUACGAUUAUCACCAUGUGACAACACUCACAUGUUUGCCUUCUUCAUUUUCAAAGUGCAGUUGCUGAUGCUGCAAUGCAGAAGCUGUAAGGCAGUGGUGAUGGAGGGUUCCCAGAACAAAGCUCUUGCGUGCUAUGGAUAUUACUGUGGGCAGGAUUUGCCUGUCUCAUCUGUCGGUGUGUGUGCGCGUGUGUGUACACGUGGCUGUGUACAAGUGCGUGCUUGUGACAGGUUUGAUGCGAGUGAAGUCACUUGUCCCUGCUUUUAUGUACAUGCACUUUAAUGAGAUGUGGAUGUCAAGUCAAUGUAAUUUGGAUUUAUGCUUUUCUAGUGAACUGUUGCAACCAUAGCGAAUAAACUUAUUUAUUUUGUUGUCAA